GUCCCGUGCUAUACUCAAAAACUUAGCUACAAGAAUAGAAGAAGAAAAUGAUGAUAACCUUAAAGGUUUUCCUAGAAGUAUCCUUUUUAAUAUUUCAGACAAUGAGUGGUGGAAAAACCUUAUACAAUUAAAGAUUCUUCUCGAACUGUAUAUGGCAUCAUUAAAUAAACUUCAGCGAGAUAAAGGCUGCUUUACUGAAGUUUUGCAUAGUUUUGGAUAG